UGCCAGACUCAGCGGUGAACUCGAUUUAGAUUUUGACGAUAUUUACUCUCCUGAACUUUUGCUGUCACUUAAGUCCUAAUUUUGAAAAACAAAUCAAAAUGGUAUUUUACUUUAAAAGCACUGUUGUCCAGCCUACGGCCAAAUUGUAUAUGGGCCGCGACAAGCACGAGAACGAGGAACUCAUCCGCUGGGGCUGGCCGGAAGAUGUGUGGUUUCAUGUCCACAACUUGUCAUCGGCGCAUGUCUAUUUGCGCCUAACAAAGGGUCAGACCAUUGAUGAUAUUCCCACCGAUGUCCUAAUAGAUGCCGCACAGCUAUGCAAGGCCAAUAGUAUUCAGGGAAACAAGGUCAACAAUUUGGAGAUUGUUUACACCAUGUGGGAGAAUUUGAAAAAGACUCCAGACAUGGAACCGGGUCAGGUGGCCUAUCACGAUGAGAAGGCAGUGCGUAAGAUUCGCCUGGAGAAGCGUGUCAAUGAGAUUGUCAAUCGCCUUAAUAAAACCAAAACCGAAGAGGAGCAUCCCGAUUUUCGUGGACAGCGCGAGGCUCGCGAUGCCGCCGAACGUCAGGACCAAAAGCGUGUGCAGCGCGAGAAACAGGAAAAGGAGAAGGAGGCAGCCAAGCAGCGUGCCCUGGAGGCCGAAUUGCGUAGCUAUGCAUCACUUCAGAAAUCAGAGAAUAUGCGCACCAACUAUGAUGCAGGCAAUGAAUCGGAUGAUUUUAUGUAGUAUUUGUACACUUAGCUCUAAGACUCUAUGAUAAAAUCUCCCCAAUUUUUUUGUCUGUUUUUUUUUAUACUUAAAUUAUACUGUAAAUAUCAAGACAUGCAUUUGCUUUACCAAUUAAAAUUAUCAUUACAA